UAUAAAAAGCUCCGUAGCAGUUCCUUUUUCUCCUUUACUUUUCGUUCUUCCCAGUGGAAAUAUCUUAUGAUGGAGUUCAAACAUCAAACAUCGACACUCUCAUUGAUCUUUCUUCUUAUGAUGCCUGGUUUUGCCCUUUCUGAUGUCAAUCAAGACAAAGCAGAAUGUUCUAAUCAGCUAGUCGGGCUUGCUCCAUGUCUCCCAUACGUAGGCGGAGAGGCAAAAACACCCACCAUAGAUUGUUGCAGUGGGCUCAAACAGGUGCUGGAUAAGAGCAAGAAAUGCCUGUGUGUGUUGAUUAAAGAUAAAGACGACCCGAGCCUCGGCCUCAAGAUCAACGGUACUCUUGCGGGAACUCUUCCUAGUACUUGUCGAGCCAGUGCUAGCAUGGCAGAAUGUAUCUCCCUGCUGCACUUGGCACCCAACUCCCAGGAAGCAAAGUUAUUUGAAGGAUAUCAAAAGCUGACAGAGGGGCAUGGCAGUACUCCAGCUGCCACCGGGAACUCCACUAGCAGACCAUCAAGUGCUGCAGAGAAGAGUGAUGGAGGACAAGGGAAGAGAUGGGUGGGAGUUGAGAUGGCUACCGGAAUUUCACUGUUGAUUUUCUAUAGCAUAUACAGAAACAUUGGUGUGUGAGAGUAGUGGAACCUGCUGGCAGCUAAAGUUAUUCCCAUUAUUAGUGUAAUUAUAUAUUUUUAAACAGUUGAACACGGUGGAGUUAUGUUGUUUGGUUGAUCUUUAUUUCCUUUCUUUGUUUGUGUUGUUCGGCAAUAAUUUCUUUCCCAACUGUAAUGGAAUUCAAGGGUCCCACAUGGAUGAACUCUUAUGGAACAGAUCUCAAUCAAAUUCAGCUCUUUAAAUUCCAA